AUGUCCGUCGCGUCGGCGAGCAUUCUCUCACUUGCCGCCGCGCUUCUGCAGAGCCUCAGCAACGAGUCGAUGGUGCAGCAGCUGUCGCCUCUCGAGACGGACAUGUGCAGGAGGGGCGUUCGGGACGAGAGCGGAACGGCGUGCUGCGCAGCGGAGUGCGGUGCUUGCCGGGGCCGGCAUGGUGUGGGAAGCCGCUGCGCUUCGCGACAGGGCGGCCCCGAGCGUUGCUGUCCCCACAAAUUUGGGACGGCGUGCCGCUCUCGCGACGACGUGGCUUGCCACCUCACCAAUCUCGUCGACUUUCCGCAUGAGCCCCGCUGCAGCUACCAGCCAUUGCACUCGGCGGGGCCACGCACGAUAGCAAAGUCUGCCGAGUCGUGCGCGGCGCGAUGUCGCAAGCUGCCCGGGUGUGCGUACUGGUCCUGGUGGCAGGACCACGGCUGCCACGUUUCGGCGCGGAGCUCGAACAAGGUUGUCACCAAGGAGGCAGUGUGCGGAGUGCCGGCCGAGCGGGCCUGCCGCUUUCAGCCAAGCCGCGGGAGCCUUCUGCUGAGUAACCUGUGGGGCCAGACGCGCGAGUCGACCGCUUCAAAGUGCGCAACGCGGUGCAGCGAAACGCACAACUGUGCCUUUUACACUUGGAACCCGAACGACGCGAGCUGCAACCUAACAGACAAGCGGGCGAGGAAGAUGAGCCACUUUGCCGUCCCGUCCUUCUGCGGAGCCGUCGAACAGAGUGCGUCCAAUGCAAAGGAGGAGGAGAGUAAGAAGCCAGCUGCGAAAGGGAUGUGCGAGAAAGGAAUCGCCGACCCAAAGGGCGCAGUCUGCUGCUCAAAAGGAUGCGGCAAGUGCGGUGGGGGCGGGUGCAAGAAGAGGGAUGGCGGCGCAAAAAAAUACGAUAUUUACGAUUGA